CUGCAGCUGAACGUCGUCGUUUAGAACAAGAAAGAGCUGCAGCUGCACGCCGUCGUUUACAACAAGAAGAAGCAGCUGCAACAAAAAUUCAAGCAUCAUAUCGUGGUUUUAAAGAUCGUCAAGCAUUUAAUGAACGUAAACGAAGUAGUCAAAUUUUUACACGAUCAUCAUCAAUCGGUUCGACAUCAUAUCCUGAUUCUUCUAAUACAACACAAGAAGAAACAUUAAGAUUAAAACAAGAACCUACAACAAGUAUUGAUUCGAGUGCGUCAUCCAUAUUAUCAAUAAAAUAUCAAAGGAAAAGAGCUCGAUCAAAUUUAUCAACACAUUCAAAAACUCAAGAAACAGUUGUUACAGAACCAUUU